AUGCAGGAAAUACCAACCUUGAGGCCUUCUGAGGAAGAGUUCAAGGAUCCUAUUGCCUACUUAUCUUCUCCUACGGUAAAGAAGUUGGGUAUCAAAUAUGGUAUGGUGAAGAUGAUCCCACCGGCAGGGUUCAAGCCGCAUUUUGGCAUUGAUGAAGAACACUUUACUUUCAAAUGUAGACUACAGACGUUAAUGGAGUUGGAUAUUGAGAAUAGGUCCAGACUUUUAUUUUGGAAACAGCUCAACAAUUUAAAGAGGAGCCGUGGUGAUUCUAAACUCUUGGCGUCGGCAGAAGUCUCUAUUAAAGGUCAGUCGGAACCAUUAUACUAUUAUGACAUUUACAAGACGGUAGUUCGGUACUUCCAGACUAGCGCUACUGGGGGUUAUCCAAACCAUGAGCAAGAAGAUAACAGUGAUGGGUACAGGAAAUCUAAUAACAGGAGCAGAAGUAGGAGGAAAAGACAAAGAAAUGGGACUCCUUUUGCUGAUGAGGGCCAGGGAUCGUUUUUUCCGCUUGUUAAUCCAAGGGACAUGAUGAAGGAUCAGAAAGCGUGGGACGCAAUAGCAAAGCAACUAGCACCAUCAAAUCCGCUGGAAUUGAAAAGAGUCUUUACGGCACAUAUUUUGCCCUAUUAUCGAUUCUUGUACAACCAGAUUUUGGCUAAAGGUGAGGCUAAUAAUACCCACAUCUCCCGUUUGCUCUACAGAUAUGAUUACCCAAAAUCAUUACUUGAAGAGGAAAACUCCACGGAAAGAUCAGAAGAUGAAAAUGAAGAAGUCUUGCCUGGUGAAGAAUUGGACUACCUAGACAGUGAUACUGACGUUCAAGAGGAAGAAGAUGCUGAUGAUGAUGAUGAUGAUGAAGACGAUAAAUGUCCCAUUUGUUCAAGAAUGGUGUCCAAAUCGUCAUCGCACAAAACUUGUAACUCAUGCGAAUCCAAAUUUCAUAACAAAUGCGUAGAUCACAUUAACAACUCAAAUGUGAAACCAUCUUCGGUUAAAGAAUGGAUAUGCAAUACCUGCAUCAUUGGGAAUGGUUAUUACGGAUUUAAAGAACCAUCUUCGUUAUUUACUCUCAAGUCCUUCAAAGAGUACUGUUCGCAAUUUGACGAAAAGUUAUUCGAUGGUAAUAAACCAACAGAUAUACAAUCCUUGGAAAAAAUGUUCUGGAAACAUGUAGAGUCAAUGGAUUCAAACCCCCUAACGGUGAGAUAUGGAGCUGAUAUACAUAAUAACAAGCCAGGGCAAACUUCAGGCUUUCCAACAACUGAAUACGUACCGUCAUCUAUUAAAAAUGAAGAAUCAGAAGAAUACAAGAAUUAUCUCGAAAUUAGUGCUCACCCAUGGAAUCUUAUGAAUCUUCCUCGAGCCAAAGGAUCCCUUUUAUCAAUCAUCAAUAGAAAAAUUUCAGGUAUGACUAUCCCUUGGAUAUAUGUAGGAUCGACAUUUUCGACAUUUUGCUGGCAUCUUGAAGACCAAUACACUUUGAGUGCCAAUUAUCAACAUGCAGGAUCACAAAAGGUUUGGUAUUCUAUACCCGAACGUGAUACCGCGACAUUUGACGAAAUGAUGAAAAGUAUUUCCCCAGACCUUUUUGAGAGACAGCCAGAUUUGCUCCAUCAAUUGAUUACUUUGAUUUCUCCUUACAGCAAAAGAUUUACUGAUUCAGGUAUCUCCUGCUACAAAGCUAUUCAAAAUCCAGGAGAAUACAUAAUUACAUUUCCUAAGUGUUAUCAUGCUGGUUUCAACUGUGGUUUUAAUUUUAAUGAGGCAGUCAAUUUUACUCUCGAUUUAUGGCUUCCAUAUGGUCAAGAGUCCAUUAAUGAUUAUAAAUUAGCCAAAAGAACGGCUGUUGUAAACAUAUUUGACUUGAUGAGCAACGUACUGAACGCAUAUUUGAGAAGCCCUGAAUCGUUCGAUGCUAGUUUUGUUUCAACAUGUGCUGUGGAGCUCAAAGAGUGGUUUAAUCGUGAAUUUAAAAAUAUGGCAAAAGUUAAAGAUAUAGUAGGUGAAACACUCUUUUCCGAUGGCUGUAAGGAGACGUAUAUUAAUUCACGUCUCGACUCUAGUCAUAAAGAAAUUAAAUCAGAAAAGGUAUCUGAUUUCAAAUUAGCGGAUAAUGAUGACGAAGAAGAUGACCUCGAUGUAUUCUGCUCUAAAUGCAAAACGAUUUGUCCUAUUGGUUUCGUUGCUCACUCGAAGACAAAACGCCUUAGAAGUAAGAGGAGAAAUCUAACAGCUAUGACUCCAAAUGAAUGGAAUCAACUAUCUGCAGAAGGAGUUAUUGAUAUCUACUGCUUGGAGGAUUAUCUGUCUUAUGUAACCGAAAUCGACGAGCAAGAAGAAAGUGAAGACGAUUCAGAAAAUCAAACAAGCAAUGACCACUUCCAAAAUGAUAUUUUAUUCUAUUUUAGAGAAGAUGACGAAAUACGAAAGCUUAUAAUUCAAGUGGAACGAGCAUUAGAAAAGAGGUUGAGGUAA